AUGAAUCCACCUUAUCCGAAUAUCUCCAUCGAUUUGACUCUGGACCGUCCCAAUGGGAAGGAUGUACUCACCGCAGUUCUGCAUUCUAUUCUCUUCCAUCGGCUAUUCGGUUGCGUUAAACCGCAGGCUUUUGAGGUGCUCGACGUGACCAUGCCCGGUGUAUCAGAUCCAGAUAUCGAACAGAUCAUCAGAGAUAAAGUCGAUUUCUUCUAUAAAGCGGUUGAAGGGGAACCAACGAAACGAGGACAGGUAACCUCUUCUUUUACUAAGAAGCAACGCAAGUCGUCCUGGUUCUCCGUCUACGCCAGUUCCGAGGAAGUCCCUUGGGAGCAAUGGACCAUCACAGCGACCAUACAGUCCUUAUCGUCCCGCCAGAAGGCCGGAAAUGACGCAGAGCUCUCGCAAACACUGCAAAAGACGCUCACAACCAUCCUGAUGCACACCUCGAGCGAACAGGGAAGAUCCGCCGUUCCGUUGAUCACCAGCGCCUCCGGAAUAUCUCCAUUCCCACUCAAGAUCACAGUCAAGGUCGGCAGCGCUGAGGGCUGA